CACGACUCUGAGUGGACUUCAACUUGGAUCUGAUCUCAGACUGCGGUUAACAUCAAACCCUAAGACCUAGUUAACGACCCUUCGGUCUUUGUUUUCUUCUCCGAGUUGGCCCAGCAAAUGCGAGGACACGGACAUCUUUACUGCCAGCGAGAACUCGUCAACGCCACAGCGGCUUUGUCCUGCAAACACCGGAUACUUCAUUUUUUUUCAUUUGAAAUCAACUUUACCGCCUUUUUAUGGAACUAGGUUAGGUUCGUCCUGUAUGUUACCAAGAGCUAAUCUAGGAACCUAUGGGGAUGCUCGAUGCACGUGAUCUUUACCAAUACAACUCUUCACCGUGCAUGGCCUCAGAGCCUGUACAACUUGCCGUCUGUAUAGAAUUCUGGAUCUAUUGAUGGUAUCAGCCACAGGUUUUGUAUCUUUUCAUGGAACGCAGAAUGAGAGAAUAAGAUAUAAAAGGCCAUUUGGUGUGUAUCUCGAACUCAAACUAUUCGAGAUCUAGCCAUACAGUGUGUAGACAUCCUUUUCGCAAGAAUACCACGAUACCAUGCUCACGGCUGCUACCAUCGGUAUUCUCCUAACCUUCAUCUUCCUUGCGAGUAGUCUAGGACUCAAGCAGGAUAAGCUGUCCGCAAAAACCGCCCCUACCAUCCAUUCAUUUGUCCCCUGGCUGGGCAGCUUCUUUGAGUUCUGUUGGGAUGCACAAGGUUUUCUCCGAAAGUGGCGGUUCAAACUCGGGCCUAUAUAUCGAGUACACAUCGUUGGGCGAGAAUUUGUUGUGGUGUCUCACGCUGAGGGAAUAGCGCACGUUAUGCGCGACCCACAGAAGAGUCUCACUAACGAUUUCAAUACGACAAUUCUGGAGGCUGCAGGUGAUAUCAUACCGCAGCAUUUCGACCAGGUGCUGUUCGGGAAACUAGCAUCCCUUGCCCUACGGACCUUCUCCAACCGAAAUGUUCCCCGCCUCGCACCGGUUUUCAAUCGACAACUCUUGCGUAAUUUCAAUUCUUUCUCGUCUAGCGGCGGGAGAGAGCGCGUAUCACUCACGAACUUCAUUGGCCAAAGCUUGUACAAUUCGGUUUGUAUGUCGCUUUGGGGACCACAUUUUCCUAUCGACAGCUUUGCCGAUUUUCAGCUCAUCGAUUCCAACAUAUCACGCCUCCUUUCGCCUAUGCUCUUUCCACCGAGGAAGGCUGUACAAGCGCGAAAAUCCCUAAAGGCGGAGUUGGGAAAAUAUCUUCAACGAGCCAGCUUCGGUGACAAGGAUGAGGUCGAAGAGGACGUUUACGGAGCGACAGAGAUCGUCGAGAUUAUUCGCAGCUCAAAUCUCCCCUCCUCUGAUCAGCAGGGUGUCUUCCUUGGCUUUAUGUUCGCGCUUCACUCCAACUCCAUUCGGAUGUCCACGUGGUUCAUGACCUACCUCUUGUGCGACACAAGUGUCUGGGCAAGGCUGCGUGAUGAGGUUGAUCUUGCAAUCGGUACCGAGUUUGAAUCCCUUGAGGCCCUCCUCUCUGCCCCGCCUCAUCGCAUCGGAGGCGACACACUCCCGUUACUUGACUCAGCGCUGAAAGAGGCGUUACGUCUGUCAGUGGCGGCGGUGUUGAUGCGGAGGGUCACACAAAAUUGCGAGCUCCCUGUCAAUGACAUAGACUCCGUGAAGGUGACCGAAGGGGAGUAUAUCUUUGCCAAUGGUUGUGCGAUCAACAUGGAGGAUGAUGUGUUUGAAGAUGCUUGUUCAUUCCGCGUUGACAGGUUUCUGAAAAAUGAAAGCCACAAAUCCGCUCCCGUUUCCGCCUUUGGUGGAGGGGCGCACAUGUGCAAAGGUCGCGACUUCGCUAUGUACGAGAUGAAAAUGUUUGCCAUCUUGUGCCUCAAACUCUUGGACAUUUCGAUUGAGAACCCGGAUGGCUCCUCCGCAGAAGGACAGUCUCCGAAAGCAGACUAUGUCUACCCCACGCCUGUGUUCUUCCCUAAGGAGCUAUUUGUUCGUAUUCAGAAACGCCGUGAUUCGACAGCUUAGACACUGUACUAGCCUAAGUACUAACUACAUAGAGUCAACUCGUACCUAAUAGAUAGACGAAUGUGGAUGAGAUUCUCAUCGAUGGCCGCACCUUAUGUAGACUACUUCAACCCCGAGAGAGAACGUAUUUACUUACCUAGACUACUACUUUAUCAUAUAGAACUUCAGUGUUUGUAGGACGACCAAUC